UCGAAUUCAAGUCCUCUACUAGAAUGUUCAAAAGAAGCCAUUGAAUCACAUGGCUUCGGCUUCGAAUGACAAGCCACUUGAUGAAGUUUCUUCUUCAUUACUAAAUUGGAAAGAAAGGAUUCUUAUACCGACUCUACUAGCAGGGGUGGCAGGUGGAGGAGCUGGUCUGGUAUCAAAGCAUCGGAAAGUUCAUGGCUUAGCUAACAUUUCUGCAACAUAUGCUACUAAUUUUGCUAUUGUUACUGCCUCUUAUUGCGGUGCUCGUGAGCUUGUAAGAGUAAGUAGAAUUGGAAGGCCUGAUGAUUUGCUAAACUCAGCAAUAGGAGGUUUUGGCAGUGGUGCUAUUCUUGGACGCCUGCAAGGUGGUCAACUUGGUGCUGUUCGUUAUUCAGUCAUUUUUGCAGUUGCUGGAACGACAGUUGAUUAUGCUACCAUCAAAAUAAAACCAGUCUUGAGAAGCUUCUAUAACUCUAUUGUCAAUAGGAAAGAUGAUUGGUUAAAAUUGCCUGAGUGGUCGCCAAUCAAAGUGCUUGAUGAGGAAGCUCUUGCAGCAAAACGUGCUCGGGAAGAGCAACUAUACACAAGUGUCCACAAUCUGAACAAGGAGGAGUCUUGAUAUUUAAGUACCUUUUUGCAAGAAGCGCCACCAAAAGUUGAGAAGGAAAGGUUCUGCUUCCGCUUCCAUGCCCUUCAGGUUUAAGACGAGCAGAAAAUUCAAGCAUUUACCGGGUAUUCAACAUUUCAAGUGCCUCCUGAAUUUCACUGUGGUAAAGGGGUGAAACUUCGAAUUCGUGUGCCCUGCAUAUUUACUAAUGCUAUGGAUAUGGCAAUUAUUCUUCUCUUAUACCAUAAUUUCUUUGUAAUACAAUCGACAUUUUGUUUACUUUUGAGUUAUCAAACUCGACUACACUUAUAGCA